UAGAGAGAGGAGAGGAAAUAAGAAGAAGCCCCUUUUUGAGGUAAAAAGAAUGGAGAGUAAGGAGGAAGUUAUUUCUGUUGAGCUUCCAGCGCCUGCUUCUUGGAAGAAAAUGUUUUUCCCCAAGAAAGUUGGUUCACCAAGGAAGACCGAGAUCAUGUUCAUUGCACCAACUGGGGAGGAGAUUAAUAACAGGAAACAGUUGGAGAAGUAUCUCAAAUCACACCCUGGGAAUCCUCCAUUAUCAGAGUUUGAUUGGGGUACUGGUGAGACCCCUAGAAGAUCAUCAAGGAUCAGUGAAAAGGCCAAGGCUACUCCAACACCAGAGAAGGAACCCCCAAAGAAGCGUGGCCGAAAAUCAUCGACUGCAAAGAAGGAACACGAGGAAACAGAGGCCGUUCCUGAAAAACCUGAGGGUGAGAAAGAAAGUGAAAAGGAAGAUGUGCAAAUCGUUGAGACGAAAACCAUGGUAAGUGAAAAAGGAAAAGGUACUUCCACCGAACAGCAGGUUGACAAUGAAGGUAAAACAGAAGGGACUGACCAGACUGGUCGUACUGAUGUCAAGAUGAAUGAAGCUGAGCAAGAAGUUGAUAAAGAUGUUAAAAUACCGGAAACCACAGAGGAUGACAAAAAAGAAGAGGCUGCUGGUGCCGAAGAAGCCCCAACUCCAAUGGAAGUUCAACAGAAAUCUGCUGAAGCUAGUUGCACUGAUGGAACUCAAACUGAAAAAGAAAAGGGGGAAGCCCCUAUUGAGGAAGUACCACAGAAUCAGGAAGAGAAAGAGAAUGGGCCGUGUAUGAAACAAUCAGAAAAGCCAGCACCUGUGACAUUGGAAGCUAAUGGAGCAAUCCCUGUAACUGAGGGAGAGCCCAAGGAGAAGCAAGUUGCAGAGGAGUUGCUGCAAGUGUAACAUAGAGGUAUAAGAGAAAGAGGAGGCAGUAGUUGACGAGGUGAUUUGAAAAUGGUAUCGUUAAACCAAGUAGCCAAACUGAUGUUCAACAAUCUCCCGUGCCUGCUCCUGUAAGCUGGUAAAUGUACCAUCCAGUAUCCAACCUAGCCUGUCUGUACUACUUUUUAUCUGUUUUCCUGUGUAACAGCAACGAUUCUGUAGAUGAAUGUAACAUUAAUUUUGUUGGUGCUAGAUCUGAUUGAAUGUAGGGAAAGCAUCUCUGUAAGAAGUAGUUCUCGAACAUCGCAGCAUUUGUUUAUCUAAAACUUAGAUUGUAGGCACCUGGAACUCUUUAACUUUUGUUUAGUUGCUCAAGUUUCAAAUUGGACAU